AUAAGUCAACUGAUCUGUUUGAGGUGACAAUGCUUCCUGGUUGCUAAAGAUACGCUGCAUGAACUGCUGGUGUGUCUUAUGUGUCUGGCAUUAUGACAGGAAGAACAAAGGCAGGGAUAGAACAGGUGGAGAGUGACAAGCCAGAGAAAGCCAGUUACUGUGAACUCCGCUGCCACCUUUCUCACAGACUCAGAUGAAGCUUCACAGCUCAGGAGCAGGUGAAUACAGCUUAUGUUCCCAUAUUCCGGAGCCGGAUGCAUGCCUGAAAAAUAGAUCUCUACAUGUGUAUUUAUUAUUGUUAGGAAAGUUAGAGAACAAGCCAAAGCUCACAAUACACAAUAGUGGAUGUGAUGGCAAUGGGGCGACAUGAAGGAAAGACAAGCCUCAUUUACUUGCAAGGAUUGAAUAUAAAAGCUUUUGUGAACUGCUGACUGAAUAAUGAAGAGGAACAGUUUUCAGAUGUUUCCUUGCAUUCAACACACAGAAUAUAUUACCUGCAAUUACAGGACGCACCGACUUAAGGGACAUAUAAACUACAUAUAUUUUUCAUAGAUUGUUACUUGAUUAAAAAGGAUUGGACAAGACAAACUUGUGUUGAAGAUGGCUAACUCUCAGGAGAAAUGCUUAGAAGAUGACCUGGAAUUUGUGGACAUCACUGAGGCAAGCCCUCGGUUUUAUUACUCUGAGAAACAGAGAACUGCUUUGGAAACAUUGAUAUCUUCUGGGGAACCUGCUUUUCAAAACUACCUUAAAAAUGAAGGCGUUCGACAGUUCCUCUCUAGAGAAGAAGUUACUUCAAUAGCAAGUUCUGCAGUCGAUUUUCAAGUGGGGAAAAUGGAAUUGGAGGAUGAUUCAGAGCUAGAUGAAGAUUUCAGUAUUAGCUAUUGGCCUGGGAAGACAGAUGUACCAACACCCAUGCUGGAUCUGGGAUGGCCAGAAGGGGACACAUGGAAAGGGAUUACACGGGCAGAAGUGUACACACAUCCUCCUUCUAAUAAUGCUCCUCACAUAAAGGUGGUUGUUCGAAGGUCGAUACAGGAUGCUACAAAGGUGAUUGCUGUUGUCAUGGACUUAUUCACAGACCCGGAUAUUUUCUUGGACCUGUAUGAAGCAGCGACAAGACGUAUGGUCCCAGUGUAUAUAAUUCUAAGUUUUCAUCAUCUUUCGUCUUUUCUUCACAUGGUGGAAACAACAGGAGUCAAUGUUAGAUUCACAGAGAAUAUGCGUAUAAGGGUGAUGUCAGGAUGCACUUUUGGUACGCGACAACUAAAGCAAGUAACAGGAACGCUGAAAGAGAAAUUUGUGCUGGUUGAUGGUAACUCUGUAAUAACAGGAUCUUAUAGUUUCACUUGGAGUGACUCACGACUAGACAGAAACUUGGUCACACUUCUUACUGGAGAAAUAACUGAUUCCUUUGACAAUGAGUUUCGAACAUUGUUUGCAGCUUCCAGACCACUACAAAGAUACGAUUUUGCCAAAGAGCCAAACAAAGGAAUUUAUAAUAAAGUGCCAAUAACCUCAACUAACACCAUAGUGAUGAAAGAGUCCAAUAUUGUUAAUUCCAAUGUCCAGCUUUUGCCCGUUGCUGUGGAACCUUACACAAAUGGAUUUUCCUCACCUGAAAAGUUUGACACAAGUGGGGCACUGCAGCCAAAAGAUGUACUUUCAUUCCCCUACAUCAACACACUAGGAGGGAUCAAGAUGUCUAAAAGUAUUAAUAACAUAGCAGAGCGCCGGACGGUAGUACCAGCCAUAGUAAAUAGCAGUGGUAUGAAUGCUGGUUUUGGCAGAAAUUCUCUAGCACCUCAGGACUCUUCCCAUAUGAUCAAAGACACAGUAAAUGUGCCUGAUUACUCAAUCCGCCACCGCCUCGCUGCCUGCCGCAAUUUUGAAGGACCCACUUUGAACCUUCGAGUUCCUCAGGAGUCUCACAGCGCACUCAGCGACAUUCUAAAGAAUGUGCAGCGCAAUAGACUGUCCGUUGCCAAAACAACCGGUGGGAGGCCAAGCAAGUCUCUCUGGGAUCUCAGUCAGCUGUCUCAAUUGUCAGGCUGCAGUGGGGAACCAGGGGUAAGACAGAACCCAUUGGAACUUGGAGAGGACCCAAAGAAUAAAUCAAGAUGGUUGACAAAGGACACCCCAGCAAUGCUAUUGAUGAGACAGAGAGCUUUUCCGGGUGAAGAGUCAAGACCCCGAGAGUCUUCCAAUUUUACUUCAUUUAAGUCUCCAGCGACCAUGGCACCUAUGAGAUUGCAAGGACAGUUAGUUCAUGGAGUGUCAACCACUGCUCUGCCCAGACCAUGGACUAAUACCUCAAGACAUGGAAGACUACAAUACUACUGACCAUAUAUGCUACUAGAUGUAGACAUUUUGUAUUAUUCUGGUUUCUCUAAGUACAUGAGAUCCAACAAAGUCCAUAUCUCCUAAGUUGCUAGGAAAAAACAUCAUCUCAGAUGGCCCAAUUCUAGGGGAGGUAUAGAUGAGUACCUCUUCUCCUGUUAUUUGCACUCUUUCCUGCAAUCACUCCUUUCACAUUGAGGUAAAUUACAGUGUAAAUGGAGAAGAGUGAGAGGAAGUGUUGUCCCUCUCUCUCCUGCCCCUACUCUGCUCACCAACGUCAGUUACUAUGAUCUUGCUAUAGUGGAGGUCACUUACAAAAAGAAAACAGUUGCUUCAUUGUGAAUGCCUCUUUGUGCACAAGAUUUCUACCAGGACACAUACGUUUGCAGAGCAAGAUGCCCACAUUUGCAGAACAGCAGCAAAUUGCAGAGGUGAAGGAGUGGAGCUGAGUGGAAUUUCAUACAGUGAAGGCAGCAUUGCUGGCAAUAUAGGGGGUAAUUCUGAGUUGAUCGCAGCAGUAAGUUUGUUAGCAAUUGGGCAAAAUCAUGUGCAGUGCAAGGGGGGCAGAUAUAACAUGUGCAGAGAGGGUUAGAUUUGGGUGGGUUAUUUAGUUUCUGUGCAGGGUAAAUACUGGCUUAUACACGUUACACCACACAGUGAAGCUCCUUAUACACGCUACACUAUAUUUGAACCCCUUAUAUACAUUACACUAAGUUCGAUUAAAUCACAAGAGAAAGCAAUACAUAUGCACACUGUGGUUUGAGCCGCUGCGGCCACUAAUCAUAUACAUUUCUCUUACGUCCUAGAGGAUGCUGGGGACUCCGUAAGGACCAUGGGGAAUAGACGGGCUCCGCAGGAGA